AUGCAUUAAACAACAGAAAGACAAAAAAUCAGGAUCUCAAAUCAUUCAUCGUCCAUCUCCCAUCGGGUCCAUAAAACAAUUCAUCUUUUAAACCUUUUCUUUAUUGUUUUGCCUCUUUAAAUACAGUUUCCCCCUUUUAUUCUCUCAAUUCCUCUUUGCAAAUUCAUUUGGUGGUGAUCUCUCCGGUGAUAAAGUAAGGUUUUCAUAUAAGUCGUUCUCCGUUCUGAAAAACCUUAAAACUUGGUUUCUCCAUUGUUAUGAUAGAUUGGCUUUCAGGAUCUUCAAGCUCAUCAUCAUCUAACUUACAGACUCAAAUCUCAUCGGUCAUCGUAUAUCUCAACAUUAAUCUGAAACUGAUUUUCCAGAGAGGAGAAAUAUAAACCAAAGCAAGCGAAAUCUAGCUAGAUCUUUAAGGAAUCAGAGUUUAGUACAGAGAGGUUGUAGAGGUUGAAGAAAGUGAUGGGGAACUGUCAAGCAGCAGAAGCAGCUACAGUAGUAAUACAGCAUCCUUUAGGAGUUAAUGGGAAAGGGAGGAAAAUAGAGAGAUAUUAUCAAUCAAUGAGUGCUAAAGAAGUGAUGAAUUCAAAUCCAGGUCAUUAUAUAGCUCUAAUAAUAUUAGUUCCUUCUGCAAAUUCCGGCGAGACGAAAUCUUCAGCUCCGAUAAAGCAAUUAAAGCUUCUUCGUCCUGAUGAUGUUUUGCAUUUAGGUCACGUUUAUCGUCUUGUCAGUUUCGAAGAGGUGUUGAAGGAAUUUGCGGCAAAGAAAUGUGUGAAGCUGGGAAGAUUGAUAAUGAAAGAGAAGGUAUCAGGGAAUAUUAUUGAUGGAGAGAAGAGGAAAAAGAUUUCUAAAUCACAAGUGAAUUCUAAGUCGGUUCAGGAACAAGAGGUUGUGCAUGGAGGAAGUAACAGCAGCAAUAACAAUGGCAGUAGUAGCAGAGUUGGAGUGGGGGGAAUCAGACCACUGCAUCAUCAGUGGAGGCCCGCGUUAGAGAGCAUUUCAGAGAUUGGAACUUGAACCCCACAAACCAUGCAUUAUGCCCACCACAGGACUCCACCCCCAUUACCCACCACGACUCCCCUUGCUUUCACCAUCAUCAUCAUCGUCAUCAGUACUCUCUCGUCUCUUCAACUCAGUAGUUAUCAACCCCCAAAAAUUCCACUGAUUUCUUUUUUCUUUUUAGUUAAAAUAGCUAGGAAUGAUGUAAUUUCUAGUGGGAUGAUGGGUUUUGUACCUCUACUUGUACUACCUUUGACAUUCACAUGUUAUGAAUCAUUACUUGUACA